CUCGAUGGACAAAGUGGAAAAAGUUAACAACAUGUAGCGCCAAGCCCUGUAACUGUCAUGUUCGAAAAUCAGAACAAAGGAGAAAAUGCGAACUGGGAGAAAUAUUUAUGUUGCGAUUUUGCAUCCGCGAGGAAGGUGAUACGCUCGACUGUCAGCGGGACAACGGUAUUGGAGCUAUUAAGAAAGAGAAAUGCAGGAAUGAUGGUACAAAUUGCCCAGGGUGGUCCGACUGGCAGCUUGGAACGUGUGACUGUCAAUCCAAUAUUAGACUUAUUCAACGAGAGUGUAACAAUCCCCCACCUAUACACAAUGACGUUCUUUGUAAAAGUGACGCUCGAGAAGAAGUGAUGUAUGAAGAACAAACUCGAUUCUGCAUUUGCACUGAAGAAGAAAUGGCUACAACGCCUACAACAACAACAACAACAACAACAACGGGGGCAUCGACAACGCCUCUUCCGUGUUGUAAGGAAGAUGCCUACAAUAACAAAAGUUAUGAUAAUGAAAAUACUGGUAAUGGCUUCUUUGAAGAUUCUGCAACAGAAGCAACAACAACAAAGAAACCAUCUCAAGUGGACCUCGACUACUAUGAUAUGUAUGAUGAACUGCUUAAGGAUUAUCCUAACUGUCGAGAUUGUAGUUCAGCAGAAAUAGAAGCCGAAAGAGGUAACGCAGACAGUGAAGAUGGCGUAGAUUACGGAGACUACGGAAAUUACGGAAACUACGGAAAUUACGGUGGAGACGGCGGAGACAGUGAUUAUGGGGAUUAUUGAAGCCGUCUUAGUUAGGACUUCUGUAUUAUUGACAAAAUUAAUAUAUAUAUACUGCAAUAAUAAAAAUAUAAAUUUGCAUAAGAUAUUAAUGCAUUUUAUUAUAUUUUGACCAUGGUAUUACAUAUUGUAUUACUU